GUGAAUUGCCAUGAAUCAAUCCAGCCUACUACCUUACUUACUGCAUGGUACUCAAUCCCUCCUUCAUCUUCAUCACGCUCAAUCUUCCACUACAGGAAAACAAGAUUCGUUCGAUUCUUUUCAUCAACAACAAAUCUUCAUAGAUUGAGGUUUUUCGCCUGGACACUGUCUCUCAACCAACCUUAUCGCCAGAUCCGCGCCCGACUUAUUAAAUUCAACAGGCACCAGCCCCUCGAAUCCCGCAUACACACACACCGACCGAUCAACAUGCCUCUCUUCAACGUCACUCUGAAAGAAAACGCUUCCCCCGAGGAAUUGACCAAGGCCAAGGACAAGGCCAAGGCGGACGGCGGCUCGAUCAAGCAUGAGUUCACUCUGAUCAAGGGCUUCACUGUCGAGUUCCCUGAUGACAAAGUCGGUGUCCUCCAGACCAACGAACACAUCCACGUCGAACAAGACGGCGAAGUCAAGACACAAUAGGGGGGUGCGGACGACUCUUGCUUUCAAACACUCGUCCUUUUUAUGAUCUUGCAACGAUAAGACAUCAAGGAAAUGAUGCUAGGAAAUGAUUGAUACAUGAACUCAGACAUGCGAAAUUGAGGGAGCGAAGAAACGUGGAGCUAGGACUGGAGCUGGGAAACACAUGGGCAAAGGCGUCUUGUGUCUUGCUCUUGCACAUCCGAGUCAUUUUUCUCUAGAAACUACAGCACAAAUCUCCAGACGGGGAAACUAGGCGCGCUCUAUUCCAAAGAAGAUCAUCUCUAAACGA